AAGAAGGAACAGUUCAAGGAUCGUGUUACCUUGGUCCAGGAUUAGCGCCGGACGAAGAAUAUCAUUGCACGGCUCCCCCUAGAGUUCUUCUCCGGGCAGACGCAGUCAAAUUCGUAUCAGUGACGGCUCGUCAGCUAGCUACUUCUCUCUCUCGUCUUGUUCUCCUCCUUGAACAAACACGAGCCUGCCAAGACUCGAGCCAAGCAAUGUCGUCGAGGGAGGAUGAGAAGGCCAAGCCCGUGACCGUGAAGAUCAUCGAGACGGUGUACGUGGAGGCCGACACCGCCGACGACUUCAAGUCCGUCGUCCAGAGGCUCACCGGCAAGGGCGCCGUCGCCGAGCCGGAGCAGAGCAGCAGGCCUCCUGCAUCGCGAGAUGCUCAGAGCAGGACUGGCCAAGGCCACGGCUCUCGUGGCGAUCGCAAGGCGGCUGGCGGCGCCUCCGGCACAAGGCAGAACGGGUGAGACCGAUCGAUGUGUAUUUGAACACGAGAGAAUUCUUCAUACUUUAUCA